AUGAUUAAGGAGGAAUCACAUUCUGAAGUUUUUCUCCUAGCUUCAUCAAAGGCACAAUAUUUUCCCAGUCCCAGUCCCCAUCAUUAUGAGGACAUAAUUUCCUUGUUGUUUGCCAUUGAUGAUAUCAACAAGAACCCUGAUCUGCUGCCCAACAUCACUGUGGGAUAUCAAGUAUAUGAUUCAUGUAUGGAGCCAAGUCUUGCUAUAGGUAAUAUACUGCAGAUAUUAUCAGGUCCAGGGGAAAUGGUUCCUAAUUACUCCUGUGGAGACUAUGGAAAAGUUGUUGCAUUUAUUGCAGAUCGGUCAAUUGUUACAACCCUACCUAUAGCACAAUUUCUGACCUCAUAUGGAUACUCACAGAUCAGUUAUGGGGCCACAGACCCAGUGCUGAAUGACAGAACACUAUAUCCAUAUCAUUUUAGUACAGGACUAAAUGAUGAUGUUCAGCACAUUGCUAUAGCUGAACUGGUGGAACGUCUGGGUUGGACCUGGGUGGUCAUUCUGGCACCUGGUGAUGAUCGUGGAGAAAGAGAGAGUAAGAACCUCAGGAAUGAGAUCAAUAAACAUGGAGCAUGUGUUGACUUCAUUGGGACUCUAACAGAAGAUAGAAUUACAAAUAUAAGAACAUUAACAAGGAUACAAACAUCUACUGCAGAGGUUGUUGUCUUGUGUGGGGGACUUUUUCAUACUCAAUCUUUAAUUUCCCUUGUAGAGACAAUGAUAAAAGACAAGACCUUGGUCAUUCCACAAACGUGGCUUCAGUUGUAUUCCUACAUGUUAUUUAAUGGCAGUCUCCUUUUCUUUAUUGAAAACAACCUGUGUUAUGAGAGAAGUGAAAACAAUUCAUAUGGAUUGGUUGUUAAAGAAGACAUUUUAUAUAAAGACCUAUACUUUUAUAUGCUCAGAUGUGUGACACAUGAUAAAGAGAAGGAUUAUUUAUUUCAGCAGGUUUAUGGAACUGUUUUUAAUAAUUGUUCCAGUUAUGAAACAUCAGUUUGGCCACACAAACCUAAUUACCAAGUGUACAGAGCAGCAACUGGAUUGGCACAUGCAGAACAUCUCAUGCUCUCCUCAUCUGGAAAAUCCCAUCAUAAAGAUAUUCACAAAUACAUUCACAGAAAACAGAUUCUGAAGUCCCAGUGUUCUCCAAACUGCCCUCCCGGCUACAGAAAAGUCACAAGGGAAAGAGCGCCGCCCUGCUGCUAUGACUGUGCCAGAUGCUCAGAGGGGGAGAUCUCCAACUUAACUGCUGAUAUGGAAAAUUGUCUAAAAUGUCCCAUCUAUAAAUGGCCAAAUAUUGAGAAAACCAUGUGUAUUGAGAAGCAAACUGAGUUCCUCUCAUAUGAAGGUGAUUCCCUAACUCUGGUCUUUAUUGUCCUCUCUGUGGUGUCUAUUUUAUUAGUGACAGUUAUAUUAGGAAUCUUUAUUUCAUUUCGAGAUACUCCAUUAGUGAAGGCCAACAAUUGCAAUCUGAGCUUUAUUCUCCUUUUCUCCAUCAAGCUGAGCUUCCUCUCUGUGUUUUUGUUCCUUGGUCGCCCAUCUGAUAUAACCUGCAUCCUCCGACAAACCUCUUUUGGGAUCAGUUUCUCCAUAGCUAUGUCUUCUGUCCUGGCAAAAACAAUUAUGGUUUGUAUUGCUUUCAAAGCCACCAAGCCUAAUAGUUCCUGGAGAAACUGGUUGAAAAUACAACUGGCCCAUCGUAUUAUUGUCACUUGUUCAUUUAUUCAGACUCUAAUUACUGUAAUCUGGCUGACCCUUUCUCCACCAUUUGUGGAGCUGAACCUUCUUUCUGAACCUGGAAAAAUCAUCAUUCAAUGCAACGAGGGCUCAGUAGUUGCCUUCUAUAUUGUUCUCUCCUACAUGGGAUUGUUGGCGUCUGGUAGUUUCAUUGUAGCUUUCUUGGCUCGGACAUUACCGGACAGUUUUAAUGAGGCCAAGUACAUCACUUUCAGCAUGUUGCUCUUCUGCAGUGUUUGGAUCACAAUGAUCCCGGCCUAUCUGAGCACCAAAGGCAAAUACAUGGUGGCAGUGGAAAUAUUUGCCAUAAUCUCUUCAAGCUGUGGCCUUCUCUUCUGUAUAUUUCUACCCAAAUGUUACAUUAUUAUAUUUAAGCCAAAGAGGAAUACAAAGCAAUUUUUAAUAAUUAAGACAGAUAAUGGUCCUACAUUCAAUGGACAUACAUUUCAACAAUUUGCUGGAUACCUUGGAUUCAAACACAGAAAAAUAACUCCACUCUUGCCAAAGGCCAAUGGAAUUGUUGAGAUAUUCAUGAUCAGUCUAGCACCUAGAAUGAUCAUGAAUAUCUCAACAGUUCCACCUAGAGUCUAG